AUGAAGAAAAACACCAAGUCUACUGCUUCCAAAAAGCAACAGUGGGACUCGGCACUCAUCCUUCCUCGGGUCGAAAAGCGCGCAUCAGACAAGGACGAAGACUAUGCUUCAUUUUCGUACUGGUACAGCAGCACUAGUGGCGUGUUCAACCUUCGAGAUAUCGUUGUCGCCAUCCAAAGAGGAGACACUUGCGACAGAAUUCGAUCGCUCUUGAGCCCUCACCAGACGGAAUUCCAGUCGCUGAAGCUCAAGCAUGAGAUCUGCGGGACCGUCGAUGACAUUCCUGCAUUUUUCUUCGUUGUCGAGAGUGGCAGUGCCGAGAUGAUCAGAAUGUGGGCGUCUUACGGUGGAGAGGUCAACACUGAGUACCGAGAAGUUUCGUUGUUGGUCUACGCUAUGGUUCGCUGUUUGUCCCCCAAGGCCGAUGGGCCUGUGAUGGUGGCCACCCUUCUGAGUCUUGGAGCAUCUAUCGACUCUGUCCCUCCACCAUUUUAUUUGCCCAUCGACCGAGACCUUCCCGAGGCCGGCCCUUCCGAUGCUGAGCUUGCAGUCUUCAAGCAGGCCAAGACUGGAUGGGUCUUGGGUCCUGUUCGCCGAUUGCUCACGGACGCGUUGAACUCUUGCUUCACUCUGCGAUACGCUCUGCACCGGGCCUCAAUAACCGAGCCGCUCUCUGGCGCCAAUCAAGCUAUCGCAAAGAAGCAUUCGGCCACCGGGCUGUUGGGGGUCCAUUACUUCCUUGUGGGCCAAACCCAGGCGUGCCAGUCGCUGGUGGAGAUCUUCAUGGCCCAACUAGCCUUGGGGGCUGAUCGACCGAUAAUUUUGCUGUUCGCAGGACCUAGCGGCCAUGGGAAGACUGAGCUAGCGCAGAACAUGGGAAAGCUUCUGUCUUUGGAUCUCCAAACAGUUGAUUGCACCAAUUUGCGCACCUCGAUGGAUCUCUUUGGUCCCUUCUUUCCAUUUGCAGGCUAUGACCAGAGCUCAGUUGUCAACAACUUCCUCGACGAGCAUAAAAGCCAGCGGUCCAUUGUGUUUCUCGAUGAGUUUGAAAAAACACAGCCGAACGUGCAAGAAGCGCUGCUACUUCCCUUCCAAAGCGGUCUGUACCUCGACCGUCGGAACCAGCAGAUCGUGGAUUGCUCCAAGACCAUCUGGAUCCUCGCAACCAAUGCGUUUGACGACACCAUCCUUUCCUUUUGCAAGACUCACUACCGUGAGUUAUUCACCAACACUGUUGGCCUUGACAAGAGGGCAUCACAUCAGGCGAGAGCGCUCGGGAAGGAGCUGUCGGCCAUGAUCAAGAAAGAAGCUAUCGGGAAGUUUGGCGCACCCUUGACUGGCCGCAUCACAUCGGUGAUACCCUUCCUCACCUUUUCACCUACCGAGCAAGCAGCCGUGGCAUGCAAGGAAAUGGACCGUUUGGGACGGAAGCUGGCCCGCCCAGUCAAGCUGUGCGACGACUUGAAGCUCUACCGCCCUGUCGGAAACAUCAAGCUGCAGAUUCCCUUCAGCUACUCUGUUUGCAAGGCGCUGGCAUCGCAAGGUUAUGAUGAGCAACUGGGCGCACGCAGCAUCAUCAACACCGUUGACAGCGAGGUGCGCUGCCAUUGUGACCCAGUACCUUGCUGCACGGGAGGAGAUCUCCGAAGACGAUGA